AGAAGAAGAAAAAUCAGCUGAUCUGACCUAGCAACACAACAUAGCUACUGACAUCUGCAAGGGAGGGGGGGCUAAAGAACAAAACAAUGACACUGCUCGGAACGAGUCAAAAACAGUAAGCCUUUAAAAGGAAUUUUACAAGGGAAUUUUGUAGAUAUUCCUCCCGUUGUAAAGUUUAACAACCCGUGUUUAUCAGCGGUUCUUUUACCCCGGCUAGUUUUUUACCUCUUCAGUUCAGUUGACAAACAGGGAGCUAGUUGCUUGUUUGGACGUGUAGCGUUAGCUUUUACUGCUUCUCUUUGGAGGAAAAGUUCACACACGUACUGCUAAACAAGGCUACUUUUAAGCCAAAUUCAUCACAUCGCGUUAUAGCAGUUAGCAUCUCUGCUCAUUUUUGUUUUGCUAUCUAGCAUCAACAUUUACAUAUUUAUUCCUCUCACAAAAAGCUCCCGUUAUUCGUUUGGUACUGUCUGUACUCUCCUAUUAAUUUUUCCUUUAUUUAUCUAAGUUUUACAUUUAUCUAGUCAGAAAAUAAAGUUGUAAAAUCGAAAGAUAGUCAUAUAGUUUAAGGUAAAUGCCAACUUCAACAAGCUAGCUGUUAGUGUUUAUAUCUGUUAGCCCUGCUAUUAGCUGCACUGUCAUUUUCUGAAUAUUUAAAAUCUAAUUUAAAGUUUUUAUCACUUGUUAAAGGCAGUGCAGCUCAACCUACCACCAUGCAGAUGUCAUAAGCUUAUUUAUUAAUAGCAUUACAGUAUUAGUUUAUGUGCAUUUCACUUUAUCUUUAAAGCCAUUUUCUGUUUCUGUCAAACUUGUUGCAAUAAGUAAUAAUCAGAAUUAAAGGUUAUCUUUUAAUAAACAAUGAGUGGCCAUGGCUCAUCAUCUGAAAAGGGAGUCAAUACAAGCUUAAUAUGUCAGGAGAAUUAUUCCUGCAGCGGCUCUGAAGAGGCUGCAUUUGAGUGUGAUGACUGCAAAACUCUUCAGUGUGUCAGGUGUGAUCUGGAGCUCCACCGUCAGGAGCACCUAAGGAACCACGAUCGGGUCCCUGUUGGUCCUGGGCAUGUUCCUUACUGUGACAACUGCAAAGGAGGGAACGGGGAUAGCAGCAAACGCCACAGGUCUGUCGUUCGCUGCCAGAAUUGUAAACUGAAUCUGUGUCAAGACUGUCAGAAACGUACCCACAGUGGAAGUAGCAAGAAAAAACACCAGCUCGUAUCUUAUCCUCCAUCACCCAAACCUCCUGAAGGGAGCUCCAAAACGUCAACCAAAACACCGGUUCAGAGCCCAGAUGUGGCCGAGUCGACCGAGAGAACAAGGCUUCUGGAGAAGGUGUCCAGCUUUCUCCUUGUAGACGAGAAUGAAAAAAUGCAGAUAAAAGAUGAAGCCUCAUUCAUAAGGGCUCUUGGCUGCAGCCCCAAUCUACUGCUGAAGGUGGUCUCCAUCUUUGGUAACACAGGGGAGGGCAAAUCCCACACUCUGAACCACACCUUCUUCAUGGGCAGAGAAGUCUUCAAAACCUCCCCCACUCAGGAGUCCUGCACAGUGGGUGUAUGGGCAGCAUUUGACCCCAUCCAUAAGAUUGUGGUCAUCGAUACAGAGGGGCUGCUUGGUAACAGCUCCAAACAGGGUCAAAGAACUCGUUUACUUCUCAAGGUGCUCGCCAUUUCAGAUCUCAUCAUUUAUCGCACUCAUGCCGACCGCCUCCACGACGACCUUUUCAAGUUCCUCGGCGAUGCCUCUGAUGCUUAUCUGAGGCAUUUCACUAAGGAGCUAAAAGCCACAACGGCUCGCUGUGGCCUGGAUGUCCCGCUGUCCACCCUGGGCCCUGCUGUGGUCAUCUUCCAUGAAACUGUCCACACCAAGCUCCUGGGUUCAGAUAAAUCGUCGGACUCUGUGGAUCGGCUGCUGUUGGAGCGCUUUAGGAAGCUUUCCCGUUUUCCGGAAGCCUUCAGCUCCGUCCAAUAUUGGGGCACACAGACUCUCAGUCCUCCCACUGAUUUUCGGGGCUUGCAGAAUAAACUGGAUCAGCUCCUGGAUAACAAUGCCACCCGCUCGCCUCGUGCCCCAGGCGUCAUCUUCAAAGCCCUGCAGGCACUGAGUGAACGCUUUAAUGGAGAAAUCGCAGGUGAGGUUGCAACACAAAGCUGCUUCUUCCCUGAUGAGUACUUCACCUGUUCCAGCUUUUGCCUCAGUUGUGGAUCUGGAUGCAAAAAUAGUAUGAACCACUUGCAUGAAGGGUCGUACCAUGAGGCGAAGCAACGCUGCCGUUACUCUGCUCAGUAUGAUAAUCGCAUUUAUACGUGUAAGGCUUGUUAUGAAGGAGGGAAGGAAAUGAUAGUUGUCCCGAAGACUUCAGCUUCCUCAGACUCUCCAUGGAUGGGCCUGGCCAGAUACGCCUGGUCUGGGUAUGUUAUUGAAUGUCCAAACUGUGGAGUGAUCUACCGAAGCCGCCAGUACUGGUAUGGCAACCAGGACCCUGUGGAUACAGUCGUUCGCACUGAGAUCCAACAUGUUUGGCCAGGGUCUGACGGCUUUUUAAAGGACAACAACAAUGCUGCACAGCGGCUUCUCGAUGGCGUCAAUCUAGUGGCCCAGUCGGUAUCAGAGCUCAGCGUGAAACCUGCUAAGGCCGUCACCUCUUGGCUGACAGAUCAGAUCGCUCCAGCCUACUGGAAACCCAACUCCCUCAUCAUGAUGUGCCACAAGUGUCACACGGUCUUCCAGGAUAAUGACACCAAGCAUCACUGCCGUGCCUGUGGGGAGGGGUUCUGUGACGGCUGUUCGUCCAAAGCUGCGCCCGUCCCUGAGAGAGGCUGGGGUCUUGCCCCUGUCAGGGUGUGUGACGUCUGCUUUGAGCAGAGAGCUUCAUAUGCAGAAAUACUUGCGUCAGAGCUUGAGGAAGAAGAAGGCGGGACUCUGGCCAGAAAGGUUGGAGAAGCUGUCACCAACACCAUAGGAGUCGUGGCUACUGCCAUUGACAUCCCACUUGGCCUGGUAAAAGACGCAGCUCGCCCAGCCUACUGGGUGCCUGACCAGGACAUCCUGUCGUGCCACAACUGCCAGCGUGAGUUCACUGCCAAGCUCUCCAAGCACCACUGCCGUGCCUGUGGCCAAGGAGUGUGCGACGAAUGCUCUCCACAGCGACGAGCAGUCCCUUCCCGGGGCUGGGACCACCCUGUUCGCGUGUGUGACGGCUGCAACCAGAAACUUGGAGAACUUUGAUGUGGUUGCCUUUCCGUCCCCUGAGCAUCGGGAGAGAAGCGUUCUCCCAGAUGGCAGUCUGUCACUGUCUAGGUGUACACCUGCUCUAUGAAAAGGAAAGCUUAGGGAAUACUUUAAUAUUUUAGAUAAGUUGAAUUUAGAGUUCCUGUGGUCUUUCUAGAACACACAGAAUCUGGGGUUAACUGACUGAAUGUCACAACUGAAUUUGAGCUUCAUAUUUCAAUCAUAAUGAGCAAAAAUCCACAACAUUUCUGUUAAAUAAAGCCGUCAAGGUAUUUUUCUAUUAUUAGAGGGUAUAAACAAAAUGCAUCAUUGGAAGGACUGAAGAAGAGGAUGGUUGAUUGCUGUGAGUAUAACUCCAGCAAUGUGUAUCUGGGUUGCUCGUUGCUGAUGUUGAGCGUGUAAAAGUGUGAUAUCUUGUAUUUUGGAAGGCAUAACUGCGGGUUUUGUUGCAUGCAUGCAUUGCAGGAUUUUAGUUUUUGCACUAAGUCUUUUUUGCAGCUAUUAUAGGCUGUUGCUUAACAUGGCAACCUUUAGGUAUCCAGCAGAGGAAGAACACUGACCCAAGCUGGGCUGAAUUCUGCAGCAGUAGGGUCAGAUAUUGGAUAUCUGGUGUGCAAAAUGUAUUCAGGUCAUUGUGUAGGUGCAACUUCAAUGUUUACCUUAUGUCAUGCUAUUUGUGGUUGUAUGGACUCACAAAGGUGUUGAUUAUACUUGUUGAAAAUAUUCUAGUGUUCAUCAUGUAAAGAAAAAAAAAAAAAAGCUUGUAAGCACAUUUUCUGGCAUUUUAGUCUGAGAGAUCUAUGGCCUUUUGACUUGUUCAGAAAUGGGAUAUACCGUAUAUCCCUGAAUAAACCUCAUCAUCUCUCUAACCAGGUGGCAUUUUAGAGUGUAGAUGUUAGAAUAUGUUUGGAUCUUAUAUUAACAUUUUAUUUUUGCUUGCAUUUCAAUAUAUUUACUUCUUGCUCAGGUUAAUAGAUAAUGACAUGCCAGAUUUUAACAACAUCCAUAAUAUUUGUUCAUUGUUCAGAACUGAACAAUAGUACAGUGCCUUGAAAAAGUAUUUAAAACCCCUUAAUGUUUUUAAAACAUUUCAUAACAUACUGUCACAUCCGUUUCUACUGGGAUUCCUCAUGAUAGACCAACACAAAGUAACAAAUCGUUUUUAAGUAUAGCUGAAAAGAAAGCACUAAUGUCUUCAGAGUUAAUGCUAUGUCACUGUUUGACUCCGAUAGAGCUGCCAUUGAGGUAGCAACUGAGUACCAUACUUCUAGAAAUUGAAUAAGUUACCUACUCUUUGAUAAAUUAUUUCAAAUUUAAAUUGGAUCAAUAGCAUUGGUGGGCAUUUAUAUUCCAGACUUCCUGUGUUGUAUCAGAUCAGCAUACCCAUAGUUAAUACGCAUUGGUAAGAUGUCAGAUUUGUGUUUAUCUCUUUAGUUUUGUACGAAAAACAGACUUUAAACUAACUUGACGGGAUUGUGUCCCUUUAGUCAUGUACAAAAAAAA